AUGGGUUCCCGCACGUGUGCAUCGCCGUCUUCCGUGACACUCCUGGAAUUCCUGCGUUCCAAAUCCUCCAUCGACUACGACAGCCUCGACAUGGCAGUCGCCAGGCAAAUCGGCCCCUUUGCCGACUGCACCUCCAACCAGUGGGAUGCCUACGUGCAGCUUUCCGACCCGACCAAAGCGUCCGUUGUAAAAGAGUCUCUGGAAUCGGCGCAGAAGCUUCACGGCGACGUGGGCGCGGCCGACAUGUCGGUGGAAGAGCUCGCCGUUGAGAUUGCUAUGAUCAAGCUGGCGCUCGCCUCAGUGCCCUUCAUCUCGGGCUCAAUACACGUCAUGUGCAACCCGUUCUACGCAUGGGAUGCCGACAAGAUCUACCAGACCGGGCACCGCUUUCGCAGCCUCUGCCGCCUCUUUCAACCGGAUCUAGACCUGUCCCGGCUGGUCAUGAAAGUCUCCGCCACGUGGGAAGGCAUGCAAGCGUGCCGACGGCUGCGCAACGACGAUGUCAAGACGCUCGCCACCACGCUCUUCACCAUGGAGCAGGCCGUGCUGGCGGGCGAGGCGGGAUGCACGUCCGUUUCGCCGUUUGCGCACGAGCUCCGCGUGCACGCUGACCCGAGCUACAUCGGCGCGGGGGCAAACCUGGAUCUUAUUGUGGAGGCGCAGAGAUACUACAGGCAGCACGGGAUCCCGACCAAGGUCAAGGCCUGCUCGUUCAAGACUCCCGACGAGAUGACCAGCAUGGCGGGCAUCGACGCCAUGACCCUGCCGGCCGGGGUGCUUCUGCAUCUGGAUGCAACGACGGACUCGCGGGAGAGACUCGAGGCGCGCUGCGUGCUCGGCUCGGCCGGCAAGGGGCCUGGGGACGGCGCUCGCCGGAGCUACAUUCGAGAUCGGGCCGGGUUCAACCGCGCGUAUCUCACCAAUGGCAUGGGCAAGGCAAAGACCGAAGAUGCGAUUGCUGUAUUCUGCGGAUUCCAGAUGCGGGCCGAGGAGCUGGUGAGAUCGGUCAUGUAG